CAAUGCUAAAAAAAUAAUUAAUCAGAUUCUAUUUCUGGGUGUUGCAAGAAAUGGUUAAUGAAGUAUCAAGCUUUGUCGUUUUUUGAUUAUUGGUAUCCUGAUUUGUACCGUAAGGAUUAGUAUUGGUUUCUUCCAUUGUUGAGUUUAUUACCCAAUUGCUUACGCGUAGAGCUGGACUUAAUUAGCAGGGCCAUUUGUCUCUGAUACAAAAAAAUUGACCCUCUCCUAUAAAAACAAAAAGAGAAGAUUUUGCAGUUCAUAACAAGCAUAUCUGACACAACCCCAAAAACUGAAGGGGAGUUAGAAUCUGAAAACAGAAUCAAACAAGCUACCAGAGAAAAUUCCAUCAAACUUCUUCGAUGAAUACUAUAAUGUGAAUGACCAACUGGGCCUUCCUUAUUUUCCUGAAAAGUUCAAGCAGGUGUCGGGAGUGACCAGAACUAAAAGGGGGAUUGGAUUGGAUUGUUUUGGUUUGGUUUGGUUUGCUUACCUGCGUGAUCUGGUGAUAUGGAUGAUUUUCCAAAAGUUAUGUAUGGGUGGAGCUGGGAAGAAAACAAGCUGUUUGAGAUGGCUUUGGCUGUGGUUGAUGAAGAAGACCCAGAUAGAUGGAAGGUGGUUGCAGCCAUGGUUGGUGGGAAGAAGAGUGAAGAGGAUGUGCAGAAACAUUAUGUGAUCCUUUUAGAGGACUUGCAGGUUAUAGAGUCCGGUAAAUUGGAUCAUAAACUUGUCGGAGAAGCUCAGCCUUGUGUUCAAGUUGACUGCACUGAAUCUGUAUGUUGGACUGAUGAAGAUCACAAGUUGCUGGUACAACUGGACAUAAAUUGAUUGCUAGGCCUCAGGAAGAUUGCAAGCCAAGAACAUAAUUGAUGAUGGUAGGAGUAUUAAUUCUUAAACUUUAUACGUAGUUUGGAGUAAGCUACCACUUUUAAUCUACUUUGUAAGGCAGAAGUUUCCACCUAAAAGUGGAUCAGAAGUACUGUUGAUCUUCCAAUCUGUAGGUGAAAGAUGGAUCGGAGAUCUUCCUUCUA